CUUAAUCUCCUCCUUGCCCACGACGUAGGGUGAUUCUUUCAUGCAUGUCGUUUCAAGUCAGUGUCUGAAGACGCUGCUCUGCUCGCCAUGUAGACUGUUAGGAGACUCUCCGAGCUCCCUCUGCGCGCAAAACAUUGGGGCGCACGACUCUGACGGAGCAUAUCUGCAGCUCAGACCCUCGGGGAGAUUUUUUGUGGCGAGAGCACGUCCAAAUGAAAAUGUAAACUGGGUGACACAUGAAUGGCUUACAUUUUCUGAGCAACAGAUUUAUUCCCACGCACGCGUCCUGGAACGCGUCCAAUUAUUAAAUCUUGUUAAUACGAUUAGAGUUUUGAAGCCUUUCCUCCACCUCGCCUUUUUUUAAUCUUUUUUUUUAUUAUUAUUUAUUUAAAUCCACCUCUGCAGAUGUUGCCUCUCUGAGCACCUUAUCAGGACUAUUUACCUUUGCGACUGUCUGCAGCCAGCAGCUCGCCACACUGUCACCGUGGCGAGGAGGGGAAAGAAGGCAUAUCAUCAUCUGCUGAUCCCAGCACCUUUUGGUUAUUAAGGGAAGCACCAGUACCUCCUUGAUCGGUUCCUCCCUCCUCCCUUCUUGCCAAUCGCCAUCCCACGACAGCCUACCCGGAGGAAAGGAGUCAGGGAGGGGAAAGCGAGGACACACCCGCACAUACUGUACCCGGUGUACAUGGCGAGGAUGCUGCAGACAACAUGAGACGUGAUUGUCGCAGCUGGUUGUUCAGCUUCUAGAUUCGAGCGUCCAGCGGGAGCAUCAACUCGCGUCCAGAUAUGAAGAUGAUGUCUGCAGUCAGAUCCUAGGUGACAUCCUGUGGCCGUCAGGUCUUUACAGUGUUGAGCCCCCUCCCUGUCCUGGCCCCCCGCCUGCAGUUCUCCAGGCUGCAGGACCCAGACUCACUGAAAAGUGCAGGCCUCCUCCCCCUGCAGAAUGACUGUUGCCACUGGCGACCCCUCUGACGAGGCGGCGGCACACCCGGGGCACCCGCAGGACUACGAUCCAGAGGCCGACCAUGAGUGCUGCGAGAGGGUGGUCAUCAACAUCUCAGGGCUGCGCUUUGAGACGCAACUCAAAACCCUCUCCCAGUUCCCAGAGACUCUGCUGGGGGACCCCAAAAAGAGGAUGCGGUACUUCGACCCCCUGAGGAAUGAGUACUUUUUCGACAGGAACAGACCCAGCUUCGAUGCCAUAUUGUAUUAUUAUCAAUCAGGAGGCCGGCUAAGACGGCCAGUGAAUGUCACCCUAGAUAUUUUCUCAGAGGAGAUUCGCUUCUAUGAGUUGGGAGAGGAGGCCAUCGAGAUGUUCAGAGAAGAUGAGGGUUUCAUCAAGGAGGAGGAGCGGCCUCUUCCCGACAACGAGUUUCAGAGACAGGUGUGGCUACUCUUCGAGUACCCAGAGAGCUCAGGUCCUGCUAGGAUUAUUGCCAUAAUCUCUGUCAUGGUCAUCCUGAUAUCUAUAGUCAGCUUCUGCUUGGAGACGCUCCCAAUUUUCCGCAACGAUGAGGACGAAAUGCACAAAGCUCACGCGGAAGUCUUUUCACCCGAGACAAACACCACCAUCAUCAGCUACACAUCCACCUACUUCACUGACCCCUUCUUCAUCCUGGAGACUCUUUGCAUCAUAUGGUUCUCCUUUGAGUUUCUGGUGCGCUUCUUCGCCUGCCCCAGCAAAGCGGGCUUUUUUGGUAAUAUAAUGAACAUCAUUGAUAUUGUUGCCAUCAUCCCUUACUUCAUCACUCUCGGCACAGAGCUAGCAGACAGGCCAGAGGAUGGUCAAGCAGGUCAGCAAGCCAUGUCCUUAGCCAUUCUCAGGGUCAUCCGGUUAGUGCGAGUCUUCAGAAUCUUCAAGCUCUCUCGUCACUCCAAGGGGCUUCAGAUUUUGGGCCAGACCCUGAAAGCCAGCAUGAGAGAGCUCGGCCUCCUCAUUUUCUUCCUCUUCAUAGGGGUCAUCCUGUUCUCCAGCGCCGUCUACUUCGCUGAAGCAGAUGAGCCAGAGUCGCAGUUUGAAAGCAUCCCGGACGCGUUUUGGUGGGCUGUGGUGUCCAUGACAACGGUCGGCUACGGCGACAUGGUCCCAACUACGAUUGGUGGCAAGAUUGUGGGCUCCCUUUGUGCCAUUGCAGGUGUGCUGACCAUCGCCUUGCCCGUGCCUGUCAUUGUGUCCAACUUUAACUACUUCUACCACCGUGAGACCGAAGGUGAAGAGCAGGCACAGUAUCUGCAGGUGAAUGUGCCCAAAGCAGACUCAGCUGAGGAGCUGAAGAAGAGCCGGAGUGGCUCCACCAUCAGUAAAUCUGACUAUAUGGAGAUCCAGGAGGCUGUGAACAACAGCAACGAGGACUUUCAGGAGGAGAACCUUAAGACGGCCAACUGCACGCUGGCCAACACAAACUAUGUAAACAUCACCAAAAUGCUCACAGACGUGUAGUCAUCGGAUGUUUUCCUCCCCGCCGCAGCGGGAAUCGUGACGCUGAGCAACCGGGUGGGACAGGCGUAGACCCUCCCACCUCACAUGUGCUGGAAAAAUCAAGGCAAUAGAAUUCAGGAUGUAGAUGUUGACUGACUGAAAAAUAUUGCAAAUAACCAUUCACACUCCUCCUGCGCUCAUCUCGUCUUCACUCUUCACAACUUGCCCUUAAAACUCCUCAUGAAUGUCAGAGUGAAAUUUCAAAAUUUUGCAUUACUGCAUGGAGGUGGCUACGUCUGUGUGGCUUUUUUAAAAAAAAAAAAAAGAAAAGAAAAAAUACUACGUUAAUUUCCAUAUCACAGCGGUAGCCAACAAUAGUGCACAAAAAGAAAAGAAAACACAGUGAGGGGAAAAAAUUGCUUUAAAAAAGAAGAAUACGCGUAACAUAAACCCUGCUUUAGAGCCCUUCGUCCCUCAUUUCCCAAGGCACACUGCUCUGCCAUGCGCUUUGUGAAGAGCCCUACUUGCGCGCUACAUAUGCUGCUUCCUGGAGCCAAUGAAACAAAACUGUCUUAUGCUUCACCGUUUAGAAAUGAAAAAAAAAGGAUGCGUAAGCAUAAAAGCAAGCCUACUCCGGCGUUGACACGGCCCGCGGGUGACUUGUGACGAGGUUGGUGGUAAAGUACACCACUUUAUUUCAAGGAUGAAUGACAGCCAUCGGCCCUAAGCUUAUGGUUUGACACCUUUUUUCCCAGUAGACAUCAGUAUCUGAUGAAUGACUGAGAAUGGCCUUGAAUUUUCACUGCUUUGGUCUUACAUGUACUGUAUGUAUUGCAAUGCAAGCUUCCCCCCUCCAUUCACCCAAACUGGUCUUACUGCAGAGCUUUGAGGACAACUUGAAUGUUUCUUCUUGUUUUGUUUGUUUUUCACACUUGCAGAACUUAUUCAUAUAGAUAGGUUAACUGUGACUUAACUGAUAGCCAAUAGAUAAGUAGGUGCUGUUAGUAAUAAACAGAGUAGAUAAUUGCAUGACAUUUUUAACAGAAUGAGAAUUUCCACUUGUUUCUCGACUGCCACUUGCUUCAUCGCACCACUGUAUAUUUGUCUGUACACUGCCUUUCGGUACAAAUCCACACUUUUAACAGGAUGCCUGCAGGUAGCUGUUACAAGAAGCUGUAUGUUAGAAGAUUUCUUAAGGAAUAGCGCUCAUAAGGCCAAAUCCUACAGUUAACUGGAUGCGGUAUCCUUGUCAAUAUUAACAUUCCACAUAGACGUCAUUGCCGUUUAAUGUUUGCCAGGUCGCUGUAAACUCAGCUGUGAAUUCUGGGCGUAAAACUCGCACUCUAGUUUUGGACAUGAAUCCCAGCCGCCGGUGUGAUAGACUUGCGGCUCCGUCUCUUUCACAGGUUUGUCACACGAUCACGUCCUCAUGAUCAAAAUAGUAAGUUUUAAGGACUCGUGUAUAGAAAAAACAAAAAACAAAACAAAAAAAAAACGCUUCCCCCCCUUUACUGCCUUUUAUCUGGGUUUACGCUACUCUCCUAGUGUUGCAUGACCUCAAAAACAUUCCUAGCAUGCAUUAAAGUGAAAAGAAGAACCUUUUAAGAUGAAAAAGCAUAAUAAUUACAAUAGACAUAUUUAUUUCUUCUAUAUAAAAUUAUAUGUAUACCAACAGAACACAUAUACAGUACACAUAUACCUUUAUCAGAGGAUUUAAGAAAAAAUCUAAAAUAGCAAUGUUUAAGAGAAAGCAAGAGCCUUUCCACAAAUGUGCAGAUCAUUGCCAUGUUUUUACUUUUAAUAAUAAUAUUAAUUGUUCUGAGCACUGUUGUUGUCCUGUUUCAGAGCCUAUUCAGAGAGCCAAAGACACACUUCGCGCUAGACGUUACAAAAGCAUUCUCUUUACUUCCUGGUGAGUUUUCAGAAAACCUGACGCGCAUCCCGGAUUUUAGACACGACUACGUUUGUUGCUCUUCAUUUCAAACUGCCUUCUGUGAAGUAGUUGUUGAAGGGGCAGGGUGUUGUUCGCAACUGUAAAAUCCAACCAGAGUCAGUAAGGAAUUGGCGUUAAAUUGGCUGGACUUUUAAGAAGUCUCCGGUGUCGAUCGGUUAAUCAAAAGUUGGCAAAAAAAAAUGUGAAUUAGGUUCUGAUUCUAGGAUUGUGUCCAGCUUAUAUUGUCCACUGUUUGCUCAGCACUGCCAAGGUAACAGUCGAAGGCAGUUACAUCAAUAUGGGAAGUGAUAAUUAGAAGCAGUGUAGCAGAUAUUGUCUAACCUAGGGGUCUCUGGGGGUCUUUUGCCUUUCUGCAUCUUUCAACAGAUGUCUUAUGUAAUUAUAAAGGCGAUGGGUUAGGAGAGGGUCUGUAGCAAGAACUGUCUCGAUGAAUUCUGUCAUGCCAGGAUGUACAUCUUAAGUCUUAGAGUUGCAUUCUGCUCACUACAGCCUCAGCCUGCAGUAGCAAAAUGUUUUAACGCCAUCGCUGCCAAUAUGUCCUCAGGAUGCCUCGUCCAACUGCCUGACAUGAGGCUUCUGAAGUCGUCUCUCUGUCCAAAGUCGUGUUCGCUUUCAUGUAUCUUGAAAAGAUUUUUAGAGAAUUUUAGUAAGCGAGCUGGAGCAGGUAUAUUUGUUUCUAUCCCAAGAGUAGCUUGAAGAUGGAUUUAGAUGUUAAUAUUGUCAGUAAGCUGACGUAGGGGCAGAUUAAAAAGUUGUUUAGCAAUAUACACAUAAUCCUUUGGGGGAGGCGUCGAUGUGGAGCACAUAUAUGGAAAAACAAAAGAGCCUUCAUGGGCCUCCGCAGUCCAACCAAGGUCUUAUCGAUCAUCAGGAGAGUAUUGGUUUGGCUGUGCACAGCGAAGAAUUGUGUGUGCGUGUGUGUGUGUGUGUGUGUGUGUGAGAGAGAGAGAGAGAGAGAGAAAACCACUGAAUGUCAGUGUCUUAGCCUCAUUGUACAGCUGCAUUUAUGCAACAGCCAUUUGCAUAACUGUCUAUGAGAAAGAAGAAAAAAAAAACACUCACUGUCUGACCAAAAAUAUUCGUCUGUGCAUGCAAAUGCAUUGCAAACCUUGUGGUCUUCAUUCCACUUCUUUGGACAGAAAUUAAUGAUAAAUGUUGCGACGUUGACAUUUAUCGGUUUCGCUUGACAUUGGCCAUGUUACCGUACCUCAGCAAAAUUCACUGUAGCGACUCAUACACACGGAGUUCACAUCGUUGUAGUUGAAUAUCUGCGAUAUUCUUCUGCGUAAAGCACAAAGACGAGUGGAAUCACCCUCAUCUGUAUAGCCGCAGAUGGAAUCUGCGCAAAGUCAAUUAAAAAUGAGGUUGUGUUGCUUAACACGGAGCGACGCAACCUCAAAAAAAAUGUCAUCUCUCACCAGCAAAUCCACUCCACGGGAACGGUGUCCAGUGGUGAAUACACUGAGAAAUCUAUGCAGAGAUUGAUUUAAGCUGGUAGUUUUGGGUGAAAAUGAAGGUUUAAGUGCGGAUUUUAUUCUUUUAUCAGGCACCAAUUCCACGCUGAUUCAUAGAGCUGGCAGAGCGUUUCAAAGGAACCGUAAAACACGUUGCAAUAUUCUGCUGCUGCACACGUUAGCUGAAUGUGAAUAUGAGCUUUCUGAACUUUGGGUUAGUUUGAAGUGCGACGUCAGCUCUUUGCAGCAACGCUCCGAUACGAAAACUCACAUGGACGGGAAACUAGAUGAUUAAUAUGCAAUCUGUGUGCAUGUGUGUGUUUGCGUUCUUUCCAUUCGAUCCCAGAGCCCGAUAGUGUGGCAUCCACUGAAACAAUAUGUACAGCUGUUCACCUCACCCCCACACCCCCGCCCCCACCCUUCCCCCACCCCACCCGUAUCAUAGAGGCCUGAAUACAUCCAUCAACGUUGGUGCAGUGGAUAAAGCAUUUUUCUUUCUGUGAAAUGAAAUGUGAGAGAAUAAUGUAAAUAAUAACCAAUGGAUGAUGGAGAAAAAAAACAAACAUGUGCUAUAUUCUGUAUGUGAAGUCUGGAUUUAAAACAUAGUAUUAUCUGCACUUUACAACAAAAAAAGGACAAUCUAUGGACGAGACAAACAUGUGGAAUUAAAAAUGCAUAUAAUCCUUCCAAAUGAUCAUAUCCCUGGAAAGUAAUAUCAAUAAUGAAGCCAAUAAUAACUCA